CUUGCCACCAUAAAAAGUGAAUCCCGUUUGAAGCACCUACUACAGCGAUUACCAAGCUACUGCCCUGAGUCUAUGGUAAGUGGUCUACAAAUAAUGUUCAGUUAAAUAUGGCUGUAAUAAAGUCGGCUAUGAAAUCUUUCAUUAUGACACAGGAAAUGUAUCUGUGGCUAUGGCAAAGCUUAUAAGCAUUACUCACAAGUCUAUUGUACCUGGUCUUACUAAAGGUACAAAGAAGUAUCAAAAAAGUAUUAAAGAAGUAUCAAAUAAAUAUUAAAGAAGUAUUAAAGUAUCAAAUAAGUAAUAAAUAGUAUCAAAGGAGUAUUAAAGAAAUAUCAAAUAAGUAUUAAAGUAUCGAAUAAGUAUUAAAGUAUCAAAUAAGUAUCAAAGUAUUAAAGAAGUAUCAAAGAAGUAUCAAAGAAGUAGUAAAGAGGUAUUAAAAAAGUAUUAAAGAAGUAUCAAAGUAUCAAAGAAGUAUCAAAUAAGUAUUAAAGUGUUAAAGAAGUAUCAAAGUGUUAAAUAAGUAUCAAAUAAGUAUUAAAGAAGUAUCAAAGUAUUAAAGAAGUAUCAAAGUGUUAAAGAAGUAUCAAAGAAGUAUUAAAGAAGUAUCAAUGUGUUAAAGAAGUAUCAAAUAAGUAUUAAAGAAGUAUCAAAGUAUUAAAGAAGUAUCAAAGUGUUAAAGAAGUAUCAAAGAAGUAUCAAAGAAGUAUCAAAGUGUUAAAGAAGUAUCAAAUAAGUAUUAAAGACGUAUCAAAGUAUUAAAGAAGUAUCAAAGUGUUAAAGAAGUAUCAAAGAAGUAUUAAAGAAGUAUCAAUGUGUUAAAGAAGUAUCAAAUAAGUAUUAAAGAAGUAUCAAAGUAUUAAAGAAGUAUCAAAGUGUUAAAGAAGUAUCAAAGAAGUAUUAAAGAAGUAUCAAAGUGUUAAAGAAGUAUCAAAGUGUUAAAGAAGUAUCAAAUAAGUAUUAAAGAAGUAUCAAAGUGUUAAAGAAGUAUCAAAGUGUUAAAGAAGUAUCAAAGUAUUAAAGAAGUAUCAAAGUGUUAAAGAAGUAUCAAAGUGUUAAAGAAGUAUCAAAGUAUUAAAGAAGUAUCAAAGUGUUAAAGAAGUAUCAAAGUAUUAAAGAAGUAUCAAAGUAUUAAAGAAGUAUCAAAUUGUUGAAGAAGUAUCAAAGUGUUGAAGAAGUAUCAAAGUAUUAAAGAAGUAUCAAAGUAUUAAAGAAGUAUCCAAUUAUUAAAGAAGUAUCAAAGUGUUAAAUAAGUAUCAAAGUAUUAAAGAAGUAUCAAAGUAUUAAAGAAGUAUCAAAGAGUGGGGCUUGAAACAAGGCUAAACGCUCCCCACCAACAUAACAUAACAUAACUACAAACCUGGAAUACCGAAAUGUAACUGUUUUUCAUUUGCACUGCCCCAAACUGCCAAUUAGAAACCAGUCUGUCAUUACCUAGAGUUAAAUACUUUAUUUUAUUUGGACAUGUUUCCUGUUAUUAAUGAACUAAUUUGCCAAAAUGGAUCUGAUUUGGGGAUUUUGGAAACGAUUUCAGCCAGCAUAUUAGUACUGACACUCCAAGGUCCUUCUUAGUCUCAGACACCACAAAACAUCUCACAGCCGUUCCAAGGUAUUGUUUCUAAGGUAUUGUUUCUAAGGUAUUGUUUCUAAGGGAUUGUUUCUAAGGGAUUGUUUCCAAGGGAUUAUUUCUAAGGGAUUGUUUCUAAGGGAUUGUUUCUAAGGGAUUUUUUCUAAGAGAUUGUUUCUAAGAGAUUGUUUCUAAGGGAUUGUUUCUUGGCAUGUUGAGGUCUAACAGUAGUUGUACUUGGAGGGCUGCUAAAAUCCACCCUCCACCGCUAGUCGUCCUUCAUGUUCCCAAACCUUAUUGGGUUCCCCUUCAUCACAAAUCCUGUUUCUAGCUCAUGUAGAGAUACCAUUUCUCUCCGUCGGCAUCGUAAAGGAUGGUGAAGUCUCCUGACAAGUGGCUCCUCUGUUCGAGAGCCAACAGACAUGAGGGACUGAGCUGAACCUCAGACAAUAUACAGUUUAUAUAGUUCAUUAUCUUGUUAAGGGCUAGAGACAGAGAGUGCUCUCUGGGCCACUCACUGCUCCUUCUCCAUGCGUCAUGUUCUCUAUCCAGAUGAGCCUGGGAUAUUUGUGUUUAUUGCUGUGUAUAUUACCACAAAGCUCUUAUGAGUGUGUGGUUUAUAUGUCUCUGUUUCCACUGCAUGAAUAUAGUUUUUAAUUAGAUGGCAGUCAUAUAAAAAAUGCAAUGUUCUCUAUGAAAUUCAAUAGCCCCUGCAAACGCAGUAAAUUACCAUUUCAGUCUGUUGUUUUACCCAAGGAACCAAUAGUUGUCUGAUAUCAUUUCCCGUUGAGCGAUGAAACACAAAUACGUAGACAGGAUUACUUUCACAAAGGCCCCCAACAGAGGUCUUCCGUGUGGUUCAUUCAUGCUCACCUCUGCCCAACACAAGGCUCCUUCCUUUGACAUUUGUCCAACUCCAGAAUAACCUCUGUAAAUCAAAACAACCUGUCCUUCUGUUUCUGGAAUUCUUUUCCCUUGUUCUCUUGCUUGUUUUGGCAUUGGUCCUCUGUUUAUAAUGAAAUGACCUUUCUCUCUGUUUCACAGAAUGAGCUUUGGAUCUGCAUCAACUCCACACUACCUGGUAAGAUCUGCGUGCAGCGUUUCAAAGGGAUACGUGCCGUUACAGACAAAUCUACCUGUCAGAACAUAAUGCCUCCCAGAUGCAAAAACAUUGUCGCUUAUCUCAACACUGUGUACCCACUGAGCCCACACUAAAAGUCCAUAUAUGUCCACAGUUUAAUAUGCUGCCCUUAAAAUGUCUAAAUGUUUUUGCAAACCCCCCACAAGAGGAUAAAGUUAAUCCAUACUUUAAUUCUGAUAAUGCUACAGUGCCUUGCAAAAGUAUUCAUCCCCCUUGGCGUUUUUCCUAUUUUGUUGCAUUACAACCUGUAAUUUAAAUUGAUUUUUAUUUGGAUUUCAUGUAAUGGACAUACACAAAAUAGUCCAAAUUGGUGAAGUGAAAUGAAAAAAAUUACUUGUUUUAAAUAAUUCUAAAAAAUAAUUAACGGAAAAGUGGUGCUUGCAUAUGUAUUCACCCCCUUUGCUAUGAAGUCCCUAAAUAAGAUCUGGUGCAACCAAUUACCUUCAGAAGUCACAUAAUUAGUUCAAUAAAGUCCACCUGUGUGCAAUCUAAUUGUCACAUGAUCUCAGUAUAUAUACACCUGUUCUGAAAGGCCCCAGAGUCUGCAACACCACUAAGCAAGUGGCACCACCAAGCAAGCGGCACCAUGAAGACCAAGGAGCUCUCCAAACAGGUCAGGGACAAAGUUGUGGAGAAGUACAGAUCAGGGUUGGGUUAUAAAAAAAUAUCCGAAACUUUGAACAUCCCACGGAGCACCAUUAAAUCCAUUAUAAAAAAAUUGAAAGAAUAUGGCACCACAGCAAACCUGCCAAGACAGGGCCGCCCACCAAAACAUCAAGGAAAAUGCUAUGUCUGGGGCAAACUCAACACCUCUCAUCACCCCGAGAACACCAUCCCCACAGUGAAGCAUGGUGGGGGCAGCAUCAUGCUGUAGGGAUGUCAGAAUUGGUCAGAAUUGAAGGAAUGAUGGAUGGUGCUGAAUACAGGGAAAUUCUUGAGGGAAACCUGUUUCAGUCUUCCAGAGAUUUGAGACUGGGACAGAGGUUCACCUUCCAGCAGGACAAUGACCCUAAGCAUACUGCUAAAGCAACACUCAAGUGGUUUAGAUUUGACUUGAUUUGAUUUGAUUUAAGGGGAAACAUUUAAAUGUCUUGGAAUGGCCAAGUCAAAGCCCAGACCUCAAUCCAAUUGAGAAUCUGUGGAAUGACUUAAAGAUUGCUGUACACCAGCGGAACCCAUCCAACUUGAAGGAGCUGGAGCAGUUUUGCCUUGAAGAAUGUGCAAAGAUCCCAGUGGCUAGAUGUGCCAAGCUUAUAGAGACAUACCCCAAGAGACUUGCAGCUGUAAUUGCUGUAAAAGUUGGCUCUACAAAGUAUUGACUUUGGGGGGGUGAAUAGUUAUGCACGCUUAAGUUUAUUUUAUUUUGCAUCAAAGUGGUAGGCAUGUUGUGUAAAUCAAAUGAUACAAACUCCAAAAAAAAUCAAUUUUAAUUCCAGGUUGAAAGGCAACAAAAUAGGAAAAAUGCCAAGGGGGAUGAAUACUUUCGCAAGGCACUGCACACCCAUCAAGGGUUUGUGGGUAAUGGCGACCAUUUUUGGUUUGUCUACAGGGUCGUCCAGGAAGUCCGAUGGUUGGGUUGGACUGGGCUGCUGUGAGCUGGCCAUCUCGGCCGAGUGCCGCAGGGAGUGCAAGCAGGUGAGAGGAAGUUUGUUUGGCCCGUUAUAGCCUGAUCCAUUUGCACCUCACCUAAUUUCUCAUUCUCUGACCCUAUAGGCAUCAUCCAGGACCGACAUCACAAGAGUAUGCAAAAAAGAAACAGAG